AUGGAGGACAGAGAUGCAGAGCAAGGCGGGGUGAAGCCGUCGAACUCGAGGACGACGGAGAGUGGGAGUGAUACAAGGGCAGCAAGCUCGGACAAUACUCGCACAGGCAGCACGUCCGGCGAUGAGUGGGAUCGCCAAGCCGAGGGCCUGCCAUGGUCCCAACGCUCUCUGGGGUAUCAAUACACUCCCUUUCGAGGCAUCUGUCACGAUAUCAAGCGUCGACUGCCUUACUAUCGCACAGACUGGACCAUUGCCUUUGCCUCAAAGCAGAAUGCCUACACAACGACGGUGGCGUGCAUCAGGAUGUACUUCAUCAACCUCAUGCCGGCCAUCGCCUAUCUGCUUGACAUGAACCACCGAACCAACGGUCAAUAUGGUCUCAACGAAGGCAUCCUCGCUUCAGCACUGGCCGCCAUCGUGUUCCCCCUCUUCUCGUGUCAGCCAUUGACAAUCGUGGGCGUCACCGGUCUGAUCAACCUGUUCAACUAUACAAAUUAUGACAUCGUCGUUGUACGACAUGGCGUCAACUAUCUCCAGUUCCAAGCCUGGGUCUUCAUCUGGUCUGCCGUAUCGCACUGGCUCGUGGCAAUCAUCAACUUGGCAGACUACACGCGCUUCAUUACAGACAUGACGAGCGAGACCUUUGGCGCCUAUGUUGGUGUCAUCUACAUCCAAAAGGGUGUCGAGCUGUUGCUGUACGAGUUUGACCACACUCAGGUCGAUGGCUGGCUAUCAGUCCUCGUCGCGGUACUUUUCGCAAUCUGCGUUUAUCUUGUCGAGCGAGUUGGCAGCAGAUAUCACAUCGGGCCUUUCUGGCUUCGCAAAGGCUUGAAGGAUUAUGCAUUCAUUGCCGGCAUCCUCUUCUUUACUGGCUUCGUCCACAUUCCAGGCGACCUCAAGAGCGCAAACAUUGAGAAGCUGCCAAUCACCCGAAGCUUUUAUCCAUCGACAGAUCGAAGCUGGUUGGUGCACUUUUGGGAGCUGCCGAUCAAAUGGAUCUUUGUUGCUAUUCCCUUUGGACUCCUUGUUACACUGCUGUUCUAUGUCGAUCAUCAGAUCUCAUCCGUCAUGGCUCAAGCGCGACAGUUCCCCAUCAAGCGCCCUGCCGGCUUCCACUGGGACUUUUUCUUGCUGGGAAUCACCACGCUAGUCUCUGGCCUACUCGGGCUGCCAGCGCCUAAUGGUCUCGUACCUCAAGCGCCCUAUCACACAGAGGGAUUGGCGGUCUUCAAGCAAGUAGAUGAUACGAGGGCAGAAGACGAGCCUCUGCUGGGGGAGAAAAGCGAGCAGGCUAUCAGAAGGCGACCGCAAAAGGUCGUGUUGAGCCGGGUAGUGGAACAGCGCGUCAGCCAUCUUGCCAUGGGUCUCUUGACGCUCGCAACAAUGACCCGACCGUUUCUUGUGGCUCUAGGUACCAUGCCACGCGCUCUCUUUGCAGGCGUAUUCCUCAUGGUCGGAUGGGCGUCUGUCGAAAACAACGGGAUCCUACACAAAACGCUCUUUCUGCUUCGCGAUCCGAAGAUGACGCCUGUCGAUCAUCCGCUACUCAAAGUGAGCAAGAGAACCAUACUUCGCUUCAUCUCUGUCCAGUGGUUCGUCUUUGGCGCUUCUGUUGCGGUCAGCCAGACGCUUGCUGGCAUCUCAUUCCCCGUCUUCUUUGCGGGUCUCAUGGUCUACCGCACACUCUACGUUCCGCGCGUCUUCAGUCCGGAAGAGCUAGCUGUGCUCGACUCGCCUACCGCUGAUUCCGAGGCCGUUCUCGUCUCGCUGGGCGGAGAAGCAGGUCGAGCGACCGGCGAAGGAUACGCCGUCGCGCCCGACACGGGUAUCGCUGGCACCGAAUUCGGCAAGGAGGCCGCGCCUCAUGCUACUCUACGCCACAGAGCACGACCAGCGGCAACGUUCACUUCCGAAAAAGCCGACCGCGCGUCGGCCUAA